GCGUGACACUAUGCAGUCUGUCUGUUAUCUUCGUGUCAAUUGCCAUCCUCUCACUCGCUCAUUGAGUGAACGAGCACGGAAAAAGCGAGGAUGAAGUUCUCCGCAUCCCUCGUCGCACUCUCGGCGCUUACUGCAGCAUCUUACGCCGAGGACGCGCUCUAUAGCAAGCGACUAGCGAAGCGCGGUCUUGAUGCUCAAGGGAACUUCAACAUCUCCUUCUUCCACGUCAACGAUGUCCACGCCCAUCUUGAUGAGUUUUCCUCUUCGGGCACCGACUGCACCCGACCAGAGCGAGGAUGCUAUGGUGGCUACGCCCGCAUCAAGACUGUCAUCGAGGAGCAGCGGCCCAAGUACAACGACAGCCUUUGGCUGAAUGUGGGCGAUGAAUUCCAGGGCACGCUAUUCUACUCGUACUAUGGCGGCGAGAAGAUCGCCGAGACUCUCAAUCAGUUGAACUUCUCUGCUAUGACGCUUGGCAACCAUGAGUUCGACGCCGGCGAUGAGAAGCUAGGCCAAUUCUUGGAGAACCUGACGUUUCCAAUCAUUAGCGCCAAUGUACAUUCACAGAAUGAAAAAGUCAAUAAGAGUGUCAAGCCUUAUCAUAUCUUCCAGGAGUAUGGCUUGGCGCUGAUCGGCGUUACGACAGCUGAUACAGCAGGCAUCAGCAAUCCUGAUGACUCUACUACCUUUUCUGACGUGGUCGAGGCCGUCCAAGGUGCCAUCGAUGAGAUCAAAUCUACCACAAACAUUACCAGGAUUGCAGCUAUUACCCACAUUGGUUACGACAAGGAUCAAGAGCUAGCAGAGUCUGUCAGCGGUCUUCAGCUUAUCAUGGGCGGUCACAGCCAUACUCUUAUCGGCGACAUGAAGGAUGCAAAGGGCAAAUAUCCUACCAUCGUCAAGAACAAGGACGGCGACGAGGUCUUCAUUGUCACGGCCUACCGCUGGGGCGAAUACGUCGGCUACAUCGACGUAACAUACGAUCCUCAAGGCAAGAUCCUCGCUUACCACGGCGCUCCUGUCCACAUCACCAAUACCACCAAGCAAAACCCCGAUCUUCAGACUCAGAUCAAAGCAUGGCGAGGUCCGUUUGAAAAGUUCGCUGCUGAAGUCCUUGGUACCAGUCAGGUCGAGCUCGACCAGACUACCUGCCAGCAGAAGGAGUGCUUGCUUGGAGAUUUCAUGGCUGAUGCUAUGUUUGCCUACCGCAAGAACCUCACCCAGGACGUUGAUUUUGCCAUUAUCAACGCUGGCGGUAUUCGCGCUACAAUUGAUGAGGGUGACAUCACCCGCGGUGAAGUUUUGACCUCUUUCCCCUUUGGAAAUGCUAUUGUUCAGAUAUCUAUCACUGGCAAGGCACUGUGGGAAGUCCUCGAGGGCAUCGUGACCCGCGUUAAUAUUGCCAAUGGCAAAGCAGUCACAUCUUUCUUCCAGGUCAGCAAAGGCAUCAAGAUCGAAUACAACCCUGAGCUCAACAACGGCUCAAAGCUCGUUGCUGUAACCAUUGGCGACAAACCCCUCAACAAUGACACAAAAUACAACGUCGUCACUCUCGAUUUCAUUGCUAGUGGAGGAGACAACUUCUUCACUCCUACGACCGACUUCGUCAGCCUCGACACGCAGGCUGAUGUGCUUGUACAGUACGUUCGUGCACAAUCACCGGUCAAAGCCACCCUUGAUGGUCGCAUUUCUGUAGUCAACCGUCAGAGGGAGGGUACACCUGGAUCCGGCAAUAGCACAAGCAACGGUACUUCUCCGACUUCGAGCGGUAAACCUCCCGCGCAGACUGGUGCGGCGGCCCGCGCUAGCACUGGAAUUAUGUACGCUAGCAUCUUCGGCAUCCUUGCGGGCAUCCUGAUGCUGUGAGCAAUAUGAGUCUACAUGUGUAAUCAUAUCGGACGGCGUGAAAAAUAAAAUGAUGAGUCUACAAUAUUUAUCGUCAAGUGCGUUCAUCCCAGUCGCAGUCUUACCGCACUGAACCUCUGUUGAAAUUGGCGAUUGAUUGCAUUUUCAACAUGGCUAAACCGUGAACUAGGCUCUCAGCCUGAGGGUCAUAAUUACAUCCUACACACAAUGUUCAGCGAUAUUUUGUUCAUCUAACCAUGUUGCAUAUUCGAUACAAUGUCUUUAUGAUGCCGUUGUUUCGCCGCCUCCUCUUUGGCAAACAACCAGAGACAAAGCCGGAUUGUUUCUCCUCCCACAAAGGCCAGCGAACCUUCAUCAUCCUCCGUACCACGCAAGCAGUGACUAGACCGCUAGACAUA